UCCUGAACAAGGGAGCUUAUCAGGCGGCUCCUGACCUUUUCCACACGAGCUGAUCCGCUGGGAAAUGUUUUGGUCUCCAGGGCUUCUGACAGCUGAUGUAUAAGAGCUCUGUGGCUGCAAGCUGGGCAGACUUUGAACUUCUCCCGGCGUCCAGGGCAGUCACUGCAUGCCGGAAUUAAGGCUGGAAGCGCCUGGCGGGCAAGGGUCGGCAGCCUGCUGCAGGACAGCUCCGCACAGAGACCACAGCCAGGCCCCUCAGAGCUGAGCUGCUGACCAGCUGGACUUCUGCUGCAGCCACACUGUCUUUCUGGAGAGCUCUUUUCUCACACCUGGGCUUUUGGUGUGAGCGAUGCCUUGCCUUGCCCCUCGUGCUGCUCUUUUCCUCCAGCCCUGGGCAUGAGCGCCAGCUGCGGCCGCGCGAGUGCAUGCUGCAGCUCAUGAAGCGUUUUGGCAGCUUCAGAGGGAGCAAGAAGAGAAAGGAGCGAUGCAAAAUCUUGGAAAGGCGCCACUCCGACCCCCAGGGCCUGGCUGCCUCUGGCCUCUCCUCUUCUCCAUCUACCCCAACACAAGUGACCAAGCAGCCCACGUUCCCUCUGGAAUCCUACAAGCAUGAGCCUGAGAGACCAGAAACAAGAAUUCACUGUUCCUCACCUCCAGACACGGGGCAGAGGUUUUCUCUGCCUCCAUCACAAAGUGCAGCCAAGCCUCCCAUCAUGACACCAGCUCCCUGUGCUACCUCAAAACCUGCGGCGGCAGCGGCUCCGGCUCCCUUGCAGCUCCCGGCCGCCUCCGAAGGGAUGCUGGAGAAACUAGAGCUCGAAGAUGAAGCACUUGAAGAAUCGGAAAGUGACAUUUAUGUGCGAUUCAUGAGGUCACACAAGUGUUAUGACAUUGUUCCAACAAGCUCUAAGCUUGUUGUUUUCGACACUACGCUACAAGUAAAGAAAGCCUUUUUUGCCUUGGUGGCAAACGGCGUGAGAGCAGCUCCACUGUGGGAGAGUAAAAAACAGAGUUUUGUAGGAAUGUUAACAAUUACAGAUUUCAUUAACAUACUGCAUAGAUACUAUAAGUCUCCUAUGGUUCAGAUUUAUGAAUUGGAGGAGCACAAGAUAGAAACCUGGAGGGAGCUUUAUUUACAAGAGACUUUUAAACCUUUAGUGAACAUCUCCCCAGAUGCAAGCCUUUUUGAUGCUGUAUAUUCGUUGAUCAAAAACAAAAUCCACAGAUUGCCAGUUAUAGAUCCAGUCAGUGGAAAUGCACUUUAUAUACUUACCCAUAAAAGAAUCCUCAAGUUCCUCCAGCUUUUUAUGUCAGAGAUGCCAAAGCCUGCCUUUAUGAAGAAGAAUCUGGAUGAACUUGGAAUAGGAACUUAUCACAACAUUGCCUUCAUACAUCCAGACACUCCUAUCAUUAAAGCCUUGAAUAUAUUUGUAGAGCGAAGGAUAUCGGCCUUGCCUGUGGUGGAUGAGUCAGGAAAAGUUGUAGAUAUUUAUUCCAAAUUUGAUGUAAUAAAUCUUGCUGCUGAAAAAACAUAUAAUAACUUAGAUAUCACAGUGACACAAGCCCUGCAGCACCGCUCUCAGUAUUUUGAAGGUGUUGUGAAGUGCAGUAUGCUGGAAACACUGGAGACCAUUGUGGAUAGAAUAGUGAAGGCUGAGGUUCAUCGUUUGGUGGUGGUGAAUGAAGCUGAUAGCAUUGUGGGGAUCAUCUCCCUCUCUGACAUCCUACAAGCUCUGGUACUCACACCUGCAGGUGCCAAACAAAAGGAGAACGAGAGCGAAUGACUGCUGUGAAUGUAAACAUUUGUAGGAGAACUUGAACAGAAUUUCUGGGUCGUUUGUCUCAAGAGCAGUGACUGCUGUGGAACAGAGCAGGAUGGCUGAGAAUGUGUUUUGGGACUUAGUGAUGGAUGAUGAGUCUCUUCCCCCCAGUGAUGUCGCAAAAAAAAGCAGCAUGACAAAAGCUUAUGUUAAAAUGUAGGCUCAUAUUUCAAAAUGUCUUCAAAACAUUUGCUGGAAGACUUCACAUGAUGUCCUUCAUUAAAAUGCACUGUAUUCUGAAACUUUUUCAUUUUGUAUUUGACAGAAGUCACUGGUCAGCAAUGGAUAUAUGUGGCAUAAGGCAAGUGUAUGGCAUAUUCAUAUCAUAGUGCCUUAUGUCAAAAUACAGCAAUAUGUCAUCACUGUUGCCCAUCACUGUCAAAGGAAGUGUUGUGCUAAACGAGACACUGUAUUUGAAUGUGAAAGUCUUUAAACCUAAAACCAAAUCAGUUUCAGUUCUCAUUAGAUUUGUCAUAAAAGCUGUAAUUUGGGUAUCGGUAGACUUCUUUAAAACUUCAAUGACAGUUUUGUGUUCAAUGUUGCAUUCUGAACUGAAAUGUAAAACAAGACUGAUUUAAAAACAGCUUUAUUUAUUUUUACUUUCAUGACAAUUUUUUACACAUCUUUGGUGGAUAGCUAAAAUUUCACCAUAUCCAUUAAUAAACUGUUGAUUGUUAUACAAA